GUCAAUAUCAGUGAUUUCACUGUCAAACAAAAAUAAAAAUUCAAAGAAAUUACCUAGAAAAUCUUUCAAAAGUUGCAUUUUGUUGAUUUAGGCAAAAUAAAUCGAAAAAAUGGGUUUAUUCGGCAAAUCCCCAGAGCGGAACCCAAAAGAAAUGGUCAACGAGUGGUCACACAAACUUCGUAAGGAAGGCUAUAAUUUAGAUAGACAGAUAAGGAGUAUACAACGUGAGGAAGAAAAAAUCAAGCGGUCAUUAAAAGAAGCAGCUGGAAAAAAUGAUAAACAAAUUUGUACAAUACUAGCAAAAGAAAUCAUAAGGUCACGGAAAGCAAUUAGUAAGAUUUACACCAGUAAAGCACACUUGAACUCGGUACAAAUGCAGAUGAAGAACCAACUAGCAACAUUAAGGGUAGCGGGAUCACUACAAAAAUCUACAGAGGUAAUGCAAGCGAUGCAAGCCCUGGUGAGAUUGCCGGAAGUGGCUCACACAAUGCAAGAGUUGAGUAAAGAGAUGAUGAGAGCUGGCAUCAUGGAGGAGAUGCUGGACGAGACCAUGUCCAGUGUGGAAGAUGAGGAAGAAAUGGAGGAGGCGGCCCAGAGUGAAGUUGAUAAGGUCCUAUGGGAAUUGACCCAAGGCAAGCUGGGCGAAGCGCCGGCGCCUCCCACCGCCGUGGCGGCCCCCGCGCCCUCCACCAGCAAGGAGGAGGAUCCCGACGAGAGCGAACUGGACGAGAUGCAGUCACGAUUGGAGGCGCUGCGGUCGUAGAUGAAGCAAGAUGUUUAUUAAUUUGGCGCCUAAAUCUAGACACGAGUCGGUGUCGUUGCAAGAAAUGCCUUAAGUAUAUUUGUAAAUAUUACAUUUUAUAAUUAAGUUACUGCUGUAAACGAAUCACUUUAUUGCUGUUAAUGCUUAGUGUAUUUUAUUUUUAAUAACACACUAAAAUUAACUGUAAUUAUGAGAGAUAUAAAAUUUAUACAUGUCUUACAAAAACAUCGACGUCUUAUCCAUAGACCCACAAUUUCACUGAAAAAGUGUCCGAAUUUAACUAAUUGGUUCAUACGUUCUUAAAUGGAUCAUGAUAUAUACGGUAAGGCACUUAAUCUUCAAAUAUAAGAUUUUUAUACUAAUGGAUUGUGUGCUUCAUUGCAAAAUAUUCAGAUCCAUUCUUGAAUGUUACAUAUCUUUUAAACAAAAGUCCGCAUGUUUAUUUAUUUGAUUUUGCUAUUUCUUCAUCUCUGCAUCAAGUACCUAUAUAGUUGGUCAAAGGAUGAAAAAAAAACAUUCUGACAGCUGUCAUUAACGUACAUAAUUUUAGUCUCUUUCUUUAGCGU